AUGUGUGUUCCUUUGCUUUUAGUUCUUCUUAGAGUCAUCCGCGACGAAGGUGAUGGACAGUUAUUGACGCCUGCUACUACGAAAUAUGUUUUUUUUCAUCAUGUUCUCACCAACGAUCAUGCUAUUAAUCGGAGGCUUUACCAUUUCAUCUGCCCUAACAAGACCAAUAUUGACCGAGUGCUGAUCACUCGCGUUCUCGCACUAGCUGGUACACACCCAAGCACCGUUCUGCUUGCAUUCAUGGGCGUGUCGCAUUUCGCCAGCAUGUGGAUCAGUGAUGUUGCUGCCCCCACGCAGUGCUUCACCCUGAUACGGCCCAUUUUGCGGACACUAACGGUCCUCGGCAUUUGGCAAUCAAUCGCAUUGGCCGCAAACAUCGGUGGGCAGAGCUCGCUGAUAUCAUCACCACAAAAUAUCAUUGCGCUGCAGGCGAUGGACCCAUCGCCUGACUGGACGAAGUGGUUUGCUGUGGCUCUGCCCGUUUCGGCUGGGCAAAAACGACAUUCCAAGACUUGUGAUUCUGGAGGCUGUGCUGAGUUUUAUACAACCUUCGCCGUAUUGAGUAUCACAUGGCUAAGGCUAGCAGUAGGAAUCUUGGUCUCAACACAAGCGCCUCACGAAGGCAAUUUCAAACGAUACUCCGAUGGUGAAGCAGGGGUCUGGUGCCAUGGAAUGAGUGUUACGUCCGAUGGGAUUGCUUUCCUCACUGCCAUAUCUGGUUCAUCCCCUUCCUGCUUGAGGAUCAAAGUUUGGAAACGGUGA